GCUGGGUUCAGGGCCAAUGCUCAGCCUUGCCGCAGCACAAUUCGAAGUCGGCUCCACGUGACCUUCGAGAGUGGCGCCAAGAUUUUUGCCAAGCUUUCACACAAUCUGCCGAAAGAGAACGUCGAGAAAGCCCUUCUCAGACUGCGGCCUCACCUCUUUCACGAAUCGACAUCCCUCAUAACCCUCGAUCUCAGUUCCAGGUUGUGCGUCCAUCACAAUGGCGAUCAAACACAACCAGCAGCUGCCCAACAACCACUUCCGCAAGGACUGGCAGCGCCGAGUUCGCGUGCACUUCGACCAGCCAGGCCGCAAAUCUCGAAGACGGGCUGCUCGUCUGUCAAAGGCUGCCGCCGUCGCUCCCAGACCUGUCGACAAACUCAGACCCGUCGUCCGAUGCCCGACACUCAAAUACAACCGUCGCGCCAGAGCCGGUAGAGGAUUCACCCUGGUGGAAUUGAAGGAAGCCGGCAUCCCCCGUAAACUCGCAUCCACAAUCGGUAUCUCCGUCGACCACCGCCGCCAAACCACCAGCCAAGAAGCUCUCGCCCUGAACGUCGAACGCCUCCAGGCCUACAAGGCCCGCUUGAUCCUGUUCCCACGCAAGUCCGGCCAGCACAAGAAACUCGACAGCUCGGCCGAGGACGUCAAGGCCGCGACCGAAGACAAGAUCAUCAAGAAGGUCCGCGCCGCGCUCCCGAUCGACAGCGGUGUCGGCCUGAAGCACGGCUUCAAGGAGAUCAGCAAGGGCGAUUUGCCAUCUGGCGAAGAGAAUGCUUACCGCAAAUUGAGAGUGGCCAGGUCUGAUGCCAGACUGGUCGGUGUACGGGAGAAGAGACAGAAGGCCAAGGACGAUGCCGACGCCGAGAAGAAGAAAUAAGCUAGUCAAAGGGAAGGCAAAUGAAAAAGUGCUAGAAAACUUAUUUUUGUCGACGUCGGAGUCAGACAUGACUUGCUUGUUGUUGUGGGCAGGGUUUUAACAUGCACCGCAGCAGAUUUCAUGGACGGAUUGACAAUGGUUUGCAUGGGGCAGAAGAGCUUUG